CCAAUGAACGCAUUCCACAUGCGGAGAGCGAGAGCUGUGCAUGCGGAUCAGGAGAGCGGCACAGCGGAGACACGCGAUUGGUGCUGAUGGUGCUAGAGCUGCGAACACCGGCACUGUGCUGCAGUUUACGGGAAUGAGCCGAGGAUAGAUCCGAAAGACUAUUUAAGGGCUUCGUUUGGUUAUCUAGCACAUCAUAAGGACACUAGGACUCCCAGCAGGCAUCGAAAAAACUUCAAGAUCAAGAACAACCAGCGCGUUUGCGAUGCGCGUGGUGUAAUUUUUGGUUGAAUUAGUCCGGGUUUUUAACUUUUCAUCUCAUUAAACGCCCGAACUAAAAAAAGUUACCAUUGGCUUUUAUCGUAUACUGUUUAUUUGAAGUCACUACGAUUGUUUUUGGAUCAAGUUUAGGGUCUGAAGGUCUUGGGAGUCAGGACUAAAGGCUUUGAAGAAGCCUGUUUGUGGGGGGUUGCGAGUUCGUUCAUAAUCAGCGUGUCCGUCCGUCCGUCCAUGAUGGAGAACGCACAUACGAAAACCGUGGAGGAAGUUUACAGCCAUUUCGCCGUGAACGAGAGCACUGGGCUCGGCCUGGAGCAAGUGAAGCGUCAGCGGGAGAAAUGGGGACCGAACGAAUUGCCUGCGGAAGAGGGAAAAUCACUGUGGGAGUUGGUGGUGGAGCAAUUUGAGGAUCUUUUAGUGAGGAUUCUUCUCUUGGCAGCUUGCAUAUCUUUUGUACUGGCCUGGUUUGAAGAGGGAGAGGAGACCAUUACAGCGUUUGUGGAGCCUUUUGUAAUAUUGCUCAUUUUAAUAGCCAAUGCCAUUGUAGGUGUCUGGCAGGAGAGAAAUGCAGAAAAUGCCAUUGAGGCCCUAAAAGAGUACGAGCCUGAGAUGGGCAAGGUCUAUCGCCAGGACAGGAAGACUGUACAGAGGAUCAAAGCCAGGGACAUCGUACCCGGGGACAUUGUGGAAGUUGCCGUGGGUGACAAAGUUCCUGCUGACAUUCGCUUGACUUCAAUCAAGUCAACGACCCUGAGGGUGGACCAGUCCAUUCUAACAGGAGAAUCUGUGUCAGUAAUCAAGCAUACAGACCCUGUCCCUGACCCUCGAGCUGUGAACCAGGACAAGAAGAACAUGCUCUUCUCUGGUACCAACAUUGCAGCAGGCAAAGCAGUGGGCGUAGUGGUCGCCACAGGCGUGAACACAGAGAUCGGCAAAAUCCGUGAUGAGAUGGCAUCCACAGAGCAGGAGCGCACGCCGCUGCAGCAGAAACUGGAUGAGUUUGGCCAGCAGCUGUCUAAGGUCAUCUCGCUCAUCUGUAUCGCUGUGUGGCUCAUCAACAUCGGACACUUCAACGAUCCCGUUCACGGUGGCUCGUGGAUCCGUGGGGCUGUGUACUACUUCAAGAUCGCGGUCGCAUUGGCUGUGGCUGCCAUCCCCGAAGGCCUGCCCGCCGUCAUCACCACCUGCCUGGCUCUGGGCACCCGUCGCAUGGCUAAGAAGAACGCCAUCGUACGCUCUCUGCCCUCAGUGGAGACCCUCGGGUGCACCUCCGUCAUCUGCUCGGACAAGACCGGCACCCUGACCACCAACCAGAUGUCCGUUUGCAGGAUGUUCAUUGUUGAUCAGGCAAAUGGAAACAGCUGCUCUCUCAAAGAGUUCACCAUUACUGGCUCCACAUACGCCCCUGAUGGACAAGUGUUUCAUGAGGAUAAACCAGUACAAUGCUCCCAGUAUGAUGCUCUGGUUGAAAUGGCCACCAUCUGUGCUUUGUGCAAUGACUCAUCUCUGGAUUUCAAUGAGGCCAAAGGUGUGCACGAGAAGGUGGGUGAAGCCACAGAGACUGCCCUCACAUGCCUGGUGGAGAAAAUGAACGUGUUUGACACACAACUGAAGGGCCUUUCCAAAGUUGAGAGGGCGAACGCUUGCAACUCGGUCAUCAAGCAACUGAUGAAGAAGGAAUUCACUCUGGAGUUCUCCCGAGACAGGAAGUCCAUGUCGGUCUAUUGCACUCCCAACAAAGCUCGCUCCUCCAUUGGCAAGAUGUUUGUUAAGGGUGCUCCAGAGGGAGUGAUUGACAGAUGCACGCACAUUCGUGUAGGUGGGAAUAAGGUUUCACUGACAGCAGCCAUGAAAGAGAAGAUCACGUCUGUGAUCCGUGAGUACGGCACAGGACGUGACACACUGCGCUGUCUGGCUCUGGCCACCCGUGACAACCCAUUGAGUAAAGAGAGUAUGGCACUGGAGGACUCAAGCAGAUUUAUUGAGUAUGAGACGGACCUGACCUUCGUGGGAUGUGUGGGCAUGCUGGAUCCACCCAGAACUGAGGUGGCAGCUUCCAUCAAACUUUGUCGUCAAGCAGGCAUCCGAGUCAUCAUGAUCACCGGCGACAACAAGGGUACGGCCGUCGCCAUCUGCAGGCGAAUUGGAAUCUUUGGAGAGGAUGACGAUGUGUCCAGUAUGGCCUACACUGGUCGAGAGUUUGACGAUCUGUCUGCUGCCACCCAGCGCGAGGCAGUACUUACUGCCCGUUGCUUUGCCCGUGUCGAGCCAUCUCACAAAUCCAAGAUUGUGGAGUACCUGCAGUCCUACGAUGAGAUCACUGCCAUGACUGGAGAUGGUGUGAAUGAUGCACCUGCUCUGAAAAAGUCUGAAAUUGGCAUUGCUAUGGGGUCAGGCACAGCCGUGGCUAAGACUGCCUCUGAGAUGGUCCUUGCUGAUGAUAACUUUGCCACCAUUGUGGCCGCUGUGGAAGAGGGUCGAGCCAUUUACAACAACAUGAAACAAUUCAUCCGCUACCUCAUUUCCUCAAAUGUCGGCGAGGUGGUCUGUAUUUUCUUGACGGCAGCUCUGGGCUUCCCCGAGGCUCUGAUUCCAGUUCAGCUUCUGUGGGUGAAUCUGGUGACCGACGGUCUGCCUGCGACCGCGCUGGGGUUCAACCCACCCGACCUGGACAUCAUGAGCAAAUCCCCUCGCAAUGCCAGAGAACCCCUCAUCUCUGGAUGGCUCUUCUUCAGAUACCUGGCCAUUGGCUGUUAUGUGGGUGCUGGUACUGUAGGAGCUGCUGCAUGGUGGUUCAUUGCUGCUGAAGACGGACCCAGAAUCACCAUCUAUCAUCUGAGUCACUUCCUUCAGUGUGCACCAGACAACCCUGAGUUUGAGGGCCUGAAGUGUGAAGUGUUUGAGUCUCCCUAUCCCAUGACCAUGGCACUGUCUGUACUAGUCACCAUUGAGAUGUGCAAUGCCCUCAACAGUGUUUCCGAGAACCAGUCUCUGCUUCGCAUGCCCCCCUGGGAGAACGUGUGGCUGCUAGGAGCCAUCUGCCUCUCCAUGUCCCUCCACUUCCUUAUCCUUUAUGUGGAACCCCUGCCGAUGAUCUUCCAGAUCACCCCACUGAAUGUGACCCAGUGGCUUAUGGUGUUGAAGAUUUCCCUGCCAGUCAUCUUGCUGGAUGAAGUGCUCAAGUUUGUGGCCAGAAACUACCUGGACAAGCCCAAAGACCUGGACGGUCCCAAGAGCAUGGCCUGCUCUCUCAGCACCUGCAUGGAGGGCAUUUCCUGGCCCUUCGUGGCUCUCUCACUCCCCCUGGUGCUGUGGAUCUACAGCACUGACACUAACUUGGCCGAAAUGUUCUGGUCUUGACUGAAAUGAGCACUGAUGUGUGUAGCUAGUGUGCACGUGUGUCUGUAUGUAUGGUUGUGCGUUUAAAGUGUGCCUCCGCUACAGAGAAUGUGUACGAGAAGUACAGGAUUAACACGAAAAUAACCGUGAUAUAGAAAUAUAACCUUUUUUUUUAGCUGUCUGUUGGGGUUUGAGGAGACCAUACAGACCUGAAGUCUUCAAGUAUUAGUGACCAUUAAUAAUCUCUUUGGACUUCUUGUUGGUUUCUUUUUGUUAUUGCAUUUUUAAUUAAUCAUGUGUCAUGUCUCAUUUCAAACUAGUAUCAAUUAUGAUAAUAUCCCAUUUGUUUUGGCCCCAAAUCAUGUUCGAAUGGCUAAAUGGAAAAAGUGCUUGUGUACCGACAUUUAACACUAUUUUAUGCAAUUGUUCAUUUGUUAUUAUUUGUUCAAUUUGCUAACAGAGAGCAGAGUGGGUAGGGUAGAAAAAAGAGAGAGAACAAGACAGAACUGUUUACUAAUGUCUACCUUUGUGUCUUCGGUGUGAACAUCGCUAAGGAGCCAAUAGACAAGCAUGGUGUUUCAAAGCAGCAUGAGAAAGAGAGUGCGGGACUGAAUGUUUGAAUGCUUCACGGUCAAAUCCUCAGAUGAAAGCUGCAUGUUCUGUAUUUUGCAUGCAUUUUGUGUGGUUUUUCACUUAUGAUUUGUACCUGUAUGUCUUUCCCUGUGUAAUAACUUCCAUUUGUAUGGGUAUACAUUGUUUCCAUUAUUACCUAACACUUUUGAUUAGUAAAGCCAGUUUUUCUGCACUAGGCAGAGUACAGCUACCUCAGGACUGUCAGAUUAGACUCUCUCUGGUUGCUUCCCACCACUUAGCUUUACACCGCUUGUACACAUUAAUGCAUGAGGGGUUCCUCUAUUUGAUGAUAAACAGAACCCAGAUUCCUUUGGCCCUAACAUCUGUUUUAAGUUCUUUUUUUUUUGUUUCACUCUUUUUUUUUUUAAAUUUAAUGAAGUUGCAUUAACUUAAUUUAGGGGUUUUUGUUUUUGGGGUGGGGUGGGUUGGAUAAAAGCUGUAGCUGUUACCGUUUAGUGGGUUACGGUCAGAGACAAAGGAGUAGAAAAUUUGACCAGCUAAGGUUUAGGUGUUGCAUUCAAAACAAAUUUUACAAUGCAAAACCAAAAUGUUUCAUGCUAUAAUUUUUUUUCUACUUAAUACACUCAUGAACCAUUUGAAUUAAAA